AUGGCUACUUCGUUCUACAAGAUCUUGCUCGACCCAACCGCCCGCCACCUGUCAUUGCCACCUGAGUACGUAACCAUGCAUCUGGUGAACAAAAUCAGAAAUAACCCAAUAAUCCGAUCGGCAAACGGAGGGUAUUCGUGGCGAUUAAAGAUCAAACAAAUCGGUGAUGAUUAUUGUUUUGUUAAUGGAUGGAACAAUGUGGUUAAAGAUAUCCAGUUGGGUUUUGGUGACUUUCUGUUAUUUAAGCUUGUUGAUCAGUCCACCUUUAGAAUGUCAAUAUAUAGUCCAGAUGGGUGUGAAAAGAUUUUGCAACCAAAAACUGACCAAAAUGGGUGUGAAAAAAUCUUGACUACAAACAUUCUACAUGAUGAUGAUGAUGAUCCUUCCUUUGUGUCGACUUUCACUAAAAGCCACUUAAAACGUUUGCGGUUCACGAAGGAAUUUGAGGAGGCGGUCGGAAUAGAUGGUGAAAGAACCAUGACGGUGAAGAAUCUUGAUGGUGAAAAAUGGGUUAUGGAUUUGAAGUUGGAUAAAUCGUUUAAAACAAAAAGAUACCUUUUGUCGACCGGGUGGUGUAACUUUUGGAGAGAAAAUUAUUUAUCAGAAGGAGAUGAAUUGUUAUUUAAGUAUAUCAGAAGAGAAGAUACGUUGUUACUAGCAAAAGUCACAAAAAAAAAUAUCACCAAGCGACGUGAUAAAGGUUGUGAAAGGGACUAA